UUAGAUUUAGAGUGAAAUCAAGAGAAAAGCACUUUAGAAGCCUGGAAAGCUCUUGCAGUGGCAACAGCAAAGGGGAGAGAGGUUGUGAGCGAUCACACGCGAUUACAUUAAGACAAUUUUUGACAGCGCAGGUUGGGCAAGGACGGAGGAGGGGGAGCAGCCCCCGAUAUUGGUCCUCCCGUACCUUUUUCCUCUCUCCCCCCCGCUUCCCUUCUUCUUUGAUCCCUAAACUGGCACUCGAGCUGCAGCGGCGGGGCCGGGGGCGAGGCGGCUGGUGCAGGAGCCCGGCUCCAGCUCUCCGGCGCCCAGCGCGGCCGUAGCCCGCCGCGGCCCCGCUCCAAACUCGCGUCCCGGGGCAGCGCCGGGGCGGCCGCGCCGCUGCCCCCGCCUCGGCAGCGCCCCGGUGCCCGGCCCGGCGCCUCGCCCGCCCCGGAGCCCACAGCGGCGGCUGGAGGGGGAGCGCCCCAAGGAGCCGGAGCGGCGGCGGCGGCGGCCGCCCUCGGCGCCCGGGACAAUGGUGCUGGACAAGGAGGACGAGACUUGCUCUCCUCUCCCCUGAGCGGAGGCUGCUGGAGAAGAAGCAUCUGUGCCCGGACUUUUCUUGAUUGCGGAGAUGAUGGUGCUGGACAAGGAGGACGGCGUGCCGAUGCUCUCCGUACAACCCAAGGGGAAGCAGAAGGGCUGCGCCGGCUGCAACCGAAAGAUCAAGGACCGGUACCUGCUGAAGGCUCUGGAUAAGUAUUGGCAUGAAGACUGCCUAAAGUGUGCCUGCUGUGACUGUCGUCUUGGAGAGGUUGGAUCAACUCUUUACACAAAAGCAAAUCUCAUUCUCUGCCGCAGAGAUUACCUGAGGCUCUUUGGUACCACCGGGAAUUGUGCUGCCUGCAGUAAACUGAUCCCUGCCUUUGAGAUGGUGAUGAGGGCCAGAGAUAAUGUUUACCAUUUGGACUGCUUUGCCUGUCAGCUCUGCAACCAGCGAUUCUGCGUGGGAGACAAAUUUUUCCUGAAGAACAACAUGAUCUUGUGUCAGAUGGACUAUGAGGAAGGGCAGCUGAACGGGAGCUUCGAGUCCCAGGUUCAAUAACAGCCCCUGCUUCGCUGGAGCACUGUGGGAUGGGCGCUGGGCCGCACGAGCAGCGAGGGCGCCUGUCAGCUUGCCUGCAAUAUUUUUUUAAUUCUUGGUCCAGAGAGGACUAUAUACAUUGUAGUACUUUUCCCCCCCAACACAAAGCAGUUACAAUUUUAGAUGUACAGUUGUGCCUGCUUAGCUGAGCACUGCAUUGCCUGUAUGUUUGUGAGUUUUUGGGGUCUGGGGGAGGGCUCUGUACAGUCUGUUUUCUGUAUAUAAACUGGAACAUUUAUUUUAUGAAAAAUGUAAUGCAAUUUUAUUACUGGUGUGAAUUAAAAAUUAUGAAUGUUUCCUGGU